AACCCGGAUUCCUCUUACUACAACGAGUGUGUUUUGUUGUUAAGGGACAAAUGGUGUAACAUAGUUGCUUGUUGAGUUUAUAUUAGUGUGUUAGUGACCAGUAUGAACUAUGUCCUCCAACGAGAAGAUAAUACAAUAUUUAUCGAAAUAUUUUAAACAUAGUUCAUUUAAGAGUGACUUACAGAAGAGAGCUGUGGAGACAGUUGUUAAAGGUGAACAAGAUGUGUUUGUGUCCAUGCCAACUGGGUCAGGCAAGUCCCUCUGCUACCAGUUGCCUGCAGUCAUGGCUGAGGGUCAGUUGGCUGUUGUUAUCUCACCACUUAUUGCUCUCAUUAAGGAUCAAUUGGAGUGUCUUCAAAAGAUGGAUAUUGCUGCGGAGACUAUCAACUCUAAGAUGAGGGUCAAGGAACGUAAGAGAGUGAUUGCAGAUCUGUACUGCAUGACUCCCAAUACACGCCUGCUCUACGUUACACCAGAACAAGCCUCAACAAAUUUUUUCAAGGGUCUACUUGACCGACUGUACAAGUAUAAGAAGCUCUCAUACUUCGUGGUGGACGAGGCUCACUGUGUCAGUCAGUGGGGUCACGACUUUCGACCCGAUUUCCUACGUCUGGGAUACCUGAGGAGCAAGAUUCCGGAAACUCCCUGGAUAGCUUUAACUGCUACAGCCACGGCCGCCGUUGUUGACGACAUAUAUCUUCAGUUGAAACUCAAUAAGCCGGUCGCAAAGUUCAAGGUUUCGUGUUUCCGCCCAAAUUUGUUUUACGACAUACGAUUCAAGGAAGCCCUGAGUGACGCAUUUGAGGAGUUGAAGACCUUUGUUGUUGCAUCACUGGGAGAUGGUUGGGAAGAAGGUAGAACAGCAAAGUCUGGGUGUGGGAUUAUUUAUUGUCGGACAAGAGCUGCUACAGCAGAGUUAGCUGCUCAGCUGUCCAAGAAAGGUAUUCCUACCAAGGCGUAUCAUGCAGGGCUGAAGGGUAAAGAGCGGUCCCAGGUACAAGAGGACUGGAUGGAUGGAAUAUUGCCAGUCAUUACUGCCACUGUUUCCUUUGGUAUGGGAGUUGACAAAGCUUCAGUCAGGUUUGUAGCGCACUGGGGUGUCCCUCAGUCCAUGGCAGGAUACUACCAAGAGUCCGGGCGAGCUGGGCGUGAUGAUAAACCAUCAAGGUGUAGAAUAUAUUACAGUAAGAAAGAGAGGGACGCUAUAAUGUUCCUGUUAAGGCAGGAUGUAUCAAAGGCUAAAGCUAUGGGCAAACCACACAAAGAGGACCAAGCAAAGAUGGCCAUUAAAAGCUUUGAGCAAGUUGUCAAGUACUGUGAGGUCCCCAUCUGUCGGCAUCAUUCAUUUACCAAAUACUUUGGAGAUAAUAAACCUGACUGUAAGAAGAGAUGUGACUACUGCACCAAUCCUCGGUAUGUUGAUAAGCAGAUACAAGAGUGGAAUGCAGCUAUUAUAAGCAAAUCUGUGUACAGGUUCAGACCAGUUGCAGCCUUUGAAGAUGGUCCUGAAGACCCAGAUCUAUAUGGUGGAGGAAGAAGGGGUGCAAAGAGAGAAGACGAUGAAUAUAAGGGUGGUGAGGAUGAUUUAGUCUGGGAGGCACGACAAUUAGAAAAGAAAGAACGUACUUCCUUGAUAAAGGAACAGUUUGAGCUACGUCGUGGUAAAGUUGCGUCCAAGUCAUCUUCAUAUGUAAAACAACAAAAGGAACAAAAAGAGAAGGAAAAGCAGGAGAAAGAGGAGCAGGAUCGAGCUAAGAGAUCGAAACUCACAAAUGUAGAAUUUACUUCAAAGAUCACAGGACUUAAUGUUGCUUCACGAGAGAGUUACUUACAACUGGUGUCUCAAGCCCUUUCGAAAAACUACGAGGCGUGCCGUGACUUUGGUCCUGUUCUUACUACGUUGAAGGAGUCAGACAUCGAGGACGUGGCGGUGAAGCUGGAGUACAGCAUCUUCACCUCCACCAACGUCAUUAUGAUGUAUCGCAAGGGAAUGAUGUCACUGAUGAUGGCCGUCAGAAAAGACACAACUGCAAUGACGUUACGGCCUGAACUAGCUGAGCACGAGCCAAAGCAGAGCCUUGGUCAGUUAGCCAAGCAGAUUGAAAGUGACAUCAAGAACCGAAACAAAGAUUCACGUGUCGUCAAAAAGAAAGAAACUCCCAGUCUAAGCUCCAGACGUGGCUUUGCUAUGAAGAGGUCACCGACCCACCAGACUUCAUUGACUUCAUAUUUUAAAAAAAUUGAGAAUGUCAAGGAUAAAAGUAAAGGUGAUCAUCAACUGUCAGAAAGUGAAUCUGGUGAUGAGGAAAAAGUUAAUGGAGACAAAGAAGAUGAAGAGAAGGGCAGUAACCUUGGCCAAGAAGGUGAAGGUUUUAAAGAUGAGAAUAUGUCAGAUGGUGAAAGCAAUUAUGAUCCUCAUGAAAACCAAGAAUUUGGUGUGGAAGAAGUCUCUUUAUCUGACCUUGAGUGUGAUGAUGAUGAGGAAGAGGAGAGUGGUGAAGAUGGUUGUGGUAAAAAAGAGAAGAACUUUAAUAGAUUUAGUAAGAAACAUGAUACUGGUGAUAAAACUCUUGAUGAAUAUGAGAUGAAGAAUGUUUGUAAUGAUGAUGAUGAUGAUGAUGAACUCCCAGAUGUAGAAUUUAACUGUGAAGAAAAUUAUCAAAAGGGAUCAAAUGAUUUAGAAGACAACAGCAUCACGGAUUAUUUCACUGACCAGCCAAUGGAUGUUUCCCUGACCAAAGAAGAACAGAAUACACUUUAUUCAUCAGUGAAAAUCAAUAGUGGGAAUAUAUCUAACGAAGAGAAGGAAAGUAAAGAUGAGACACAAAAAGCAGACAGUAGGGAUAAUCCUCGACCUUCCACUGUGUCUUCUGAUGACAGCCUGCACUCAGAAGCUGGACCCCACAACACUAAAACUGAAGUUGUGACUCUGGAUGUACAAGAUGAUAUACUCAUGGAGGAAACAUCUCAUAGGAAAAGGCAUGAAAUAAAAACUAAGAAGCCCAGAGGAAAUAAGAGAUUAACAGUAAUUGAUUUGUUUGGUGAGGCAUGUGAUAGUGACGACGUGGAACCUCGGAGCAAACGUAGGAAGUCUUCCACUCAUGACGCUGAGCAGAACUGUAUAGAGACUCAACAUAAUGAUAAACAUUCCAAGUCUUUAGAAAACAAAUAUAACAAAAGUGUUUUAGAAGAAAGGGAGAAUAAUCACAUCAGACACGAUGAUAACAACUUUGAUAAUAAGAAUAGUAUAAAGGCAAAACACAAACAUUAUAAUGAGGAUUGUGACAAUGAAUCUAGUGGCACAGAUAAUAAUAGAUAUAUCUGUAGCAGGGAAGAUAAAGAUAAUGUGAGAGGGGCUUCUGACAGACAAGGCAAAGAAAGACACAGAUCAGAAGAAGGCUUAAAGGAAAAUAAUGAAAGAGACAAAAGAAGGGAAAUUGGAAUUGAUUUUAAAAACAUGAGUUUGCACAAAGAUGACAAUAAACAAAACCAGAGUAGUGAUGAUAGUAACCUAGGUGGAGAGAGAGAGAGACACCUGGAGGAGAGAUAUACCAGUAAGACUCUUGAUGCAUAUGAGAGUGAAGUGAGUUCAAGUAGCAGUAAGUCAAGGAAAGAGUCACAGAAGACAUCUAGGGAGUCAGGGAAAAGUAAGAAGGAUUCAGAAAAACCUCGUAGGGAUUCCGAGAAGUGCUCCAGAGAUUCAGAGAAAUUUCAUAGGGAUUCAGAUAAAUCUUCAAGGAGAUCAGAAAAGUCUAGGAGAGAUUCGGAGAGAUCUCGAAGACACUCGGAGAAAUCCACACGAGAUUCAGAGAAGUUUCAUAAGGACUUGAAAAGUUCAGUGAAGGAGUCGGAAAAAUUUGAGAGGAAUUCAGAGAAAUUGACCAGCCCAAGAAGGGUCCAGGACCACAAGGAGAGAAUGAGUGGCAGUAAAGAAAGAAGAGAAUCACGGUCAAAAAGUAAAUUAAAUGAUUUAGUUAGUGAUUAUGCAGCGAACCUUAACAGAUCAGAUAUGACACCAGAAAAACAUAAAAUAACUGAUAUAUCCAAUACGGUACAAAACUUGAGGGACACUGAGAAAUCAUCUAACUUGUCUUCAUCAAAAUUUGCUUCAGAAAACAAACGCUGUAUAAAUUCAUUACCGGUGUCAAGUGCGAGGGAAGUGCCGUCACCGAUGGACAAGAAGAAAAUAGCUGAUUGGAUAGUUAAGUACCUCAUGCCACACUACAAGAACAACAACAUCACUGGGAAGGACCUUUUCAAAUCACUUGCCAGGAAGAUGUCUCACAAUUUUCUGCAGCAGGAACUUGGUAGAGAGGAGGAUGACGCUAAGCAGUAUGUUGAGGACUUUUUUGGGAAGGUCAUCAAGGUUACUUGUGAAGCAGAUAUUGCUUUUCAUUGACAGAUCACAUCAUUUAACUCACCUGACAUGACUCAGUUCACUGAACAGUUCCUAACUUAAAGGAUAAAGAGGUUCUUAAAGAGGACUCAGCUGUGAUAGUACUGUACAGUACAGUACAGAUACACAGUGCACAGGUAAAAUGCUGCUGCAGUAAGUUUAGAACCAUAUUUCCUUCUUGACUGGGAGCUGAAUAGCUAGACUAGUGCACCAACAUUCCUACUGUGUCUAGUUAGUAAACCAUCAUCAGUCUUUGAAUAUUAAUUUUUUUUUUUAUUAUUACAGGUAUUAUAUUUGGUUUUAUUUAACACUAACAGUCAAAGAGUUUCCAGUUGUUUAAGAUUUGGACUGUACCUCAACUUAGUUACUGUACAAUACUAUACAAACAUUACAUUGAAUCUGAACAUUUCACUUCCAGUUAAAAUAAUAGGAAUUACAGUGUAUUCUUUUUUUCAGGGAAUUUCAUGAAUCUUUUUUUUUGUGAUUCUGAAGUCAUGGGGGGCAAAAUAACCGCUGUUGUCUCACACAUUAUGAACCAUGUGUAAAUUACUUGUUAAUCAUUGUUCAGGAAAUUUUUUAAUUCGGAAAGAUAUUCUGUAAAAUCAUCACACUAGUUCACAUGGUACAUCAGCUAUAUAACAGUGCAGCUACACAAACAAAUAUAUACAUCAAUUUCUUAAUCUGCAUGUCUCAUAUGUUGUGCUUUGGUAUUGUGGAAUUGCAUUUAGGAGGGUAUGAUUUUUAUUUUUAUGCCCCUCCCCUCUUUUUCCCUAUAGAAAACUGGGGGGUUACUGAGGUGAUACUGUACAUAUAUCACUUCAUUCACACCUCCAUACGACCCAAGGCCGAUAGCAAGAUUAUAGUACCUAAAAAGGUAUCCAUCAUAGAGCUAUGAAAUCCUGUAGGCAUCUUUAUUUACACCUUAGGAAGACUUAAAUAAAUGUACAUGGGUGUUUGAAGCAUAACUCUGAUUUUAGUUCAAGUGACCAGGAAACAGAAUGUGAAUUUUGGUCUGUUUAAAUGAACUGUGAUGUGGAUUACAGCACUGUAGGUUGAGCAAUGUAUCUCUCUCUCUCACGUAGGUUUUUUCUGGCAUAGAGAAGGUUGGCAGGAAUCAAGGGAACACAGACUCACUUUGCACUUUGUUAUUUACUCUUUACAACAGCCUCAGAAUAAUUGAAGAUGAGACACUCCUAAAUUAUAUCACUUUAUGAUUAUACACUGAUGCUAACCUAACUUAACACCUCCAGGUAGUGUUAGGGUGUUUAAUCGUCAGGUGAAAUUAACCGAGGUGUCUCGUGUUUGGGUGAUUUGCAGCCUCGUGUGAUUAUGUUCUACAGUCAUGUCCCCUCUGCCUCAAAAAGGUCAUGUGAUAACUCAUUAGGUUGCUCAUACUGCAGUAACUAUAAGUUUUACCAUCCACCCCAGUAAGGCACAACUAGUACAUUAAGGUUUUGUAUUUUAGUAAAUAUGAAUUUAUGUAUUUUAUCCCUGGGUUUGUUAUUGGAAGUACAGUACGGUACAGUAUUAAACUUAAAUACUCCUUAGUGAACAUAAUCCUUUAUUAACAACUUACUGGUAUAAGUUUGGUUGUGUUCAAGAAAUUUAACUGAAGUGGUCAAGUAAAUAAAACAGGAUGGAAAAGAAAAAAGAAAGAACAAAGAACUUGGGUACUCUAAUAGUAGAGACAAGUGAUCGCAGGCCCUUCGUGCCCGGUGAAAGUUUGAAUGCUCGUGACAGCGUACAGCGAAUGAGGGUGCGCCAAGUCCGUAGACUUGCAUCGUUUUCCAGCGUAAAUAAAAUGGUUAAUUAAUUCCUUCCUAAAGAAACCAUCGACAUGGGAACAGGUUUGUACCACUCUACAAAUUUUUUGUGAUUUUUCCACCAAGUUUGAUGAAAAACGAUUGUGCCAUUUCGGCUGCCCAGAACAGACAGACACAUGGCUAUUCCUAUAGUAUAUUAGAUGCUUGGAGGAUAUUGUAGAUACACAGGAACACACUACUGUACAGUCAACAACAAAAAUUACUGCUCCUUUACGGUGUUGUACAAUAUGACACACCGGACCAAGAAUUUUGAACAACACUUAUGAGUUAUGUAUUCUUUUUUGUUUAUCUGUAUUAACUAUACAGAAUACAUCACAUUGGUUACGGUACACAAUGUAUGACACAAUUAGAAGUACCAGCCUUACCAAAUGAACAUGGCCUCAGUCGGUGGUCGUUGUGAAGGCCAUCAGACCCCAAGGGUGCAGAACAGUUAUUGUUGUUGAUUGUACAGUACUGUAGUUAGACUUGUAUUGUGAGAUGAGUGAGAAAAACCACUAGUCUAAUUUCUUAAACAUCAGUUAGUAUUUUACAAACAAAUAAAGAUCUGGACACACAGGCAUGAAGCCUUCACGCAGCGUACUCUUUAACUAAUGUAUUCCAGUGAUGUUAAGGAAGGAAGAUAGAAAAUGAAAGUAACAGUUAAAGAGAGAGAGGAGUUGUUUAUGUGUAACAGUCGUGUACUGUACAGUAUGUAUGCAUGGACAUAUGCCUACACAGUACAGUAUGCCCAUGCAUGCACACACACACACACAUACAGUUAAUAGCUGAUGUUUUAGUCAUAUACAAUAUAUAAAAAAAAAAUUUCCCAAACCAUCCAAGUUGACACUCCAGUCACAGGUCAACAAAAUUUUAAUGUACAGUACAGUACAGUACUACCAUAUUUUUCAUUCCUUAUUUCCAUUUAUCAUCUGGAUAUCUCAAGUUUUUCAUUUGCUGAGUGGAUUAAUUGUUAGUGUGAGUAAAAUUUGUAAAUUUUAUUUUGUGUUGUAGUUUGUAUGAAGAAUUAUUUUAGAAAACCUUAGGCAUUAUUUUGAACUUUUCGACAAUGUUGUUGAAUUGUUUUUGUUGAGUAGCCAGAGUGUUUUAGGAUUAACCGUACAAUUUUAUUUAGUAUUUACUGUGUAAGAAAUAUAUCUUUGUAUAUUCACUGUGGAUUGUCUCAAAUUCUGUUUAUUACUGUACAGUAUUGAAAGUAGAAUUUUUGAAAUUAUUGACAUGUGUACUGUAUGUUAUGCACCCUGUCAUUGCUGGAGGUUUUCUCUAGGCCAGAGUAAUGUAUAACCCUGUUCUAUUAUAUUCAUUAACAAUCUGUUUAAAGUUACACCUAAAUCAUCUCUUCAUAUUCAUAGUAAAAAUAAAUAAUGAACAAAAACUUU